AUGAAGAUCGUUUCAAUUGCGCUGUGUUUGACUGUUGGCCUUCUUCCUGCUGUUCUGUGUCAGAAUGAUCAACUUCCUCCGCCGGCUAUCUUGGCUGUUGUCGUUCCCUGCGCCCAGCAAACUGGACAGAGCUUCUUCGAUCUGGAAGGUAUCGUGAAGGGCAACUUUACCACCGUUCGCCAUCUCUACGGCUGCUUCGCUGACUGCGUGUUUAAGAAAGUGGGCUUUGUCUCGGAGGACAACGCGUUCCAUGAGGAUGUGCUCAGGACACAGCUGGCUAAGUUCGUCAAAGCUGAGCAGGCUCAGGAAUACACUGAGAGAUGCUCUGCCCGAAUUGGAACGGAGGAAUGUCAGGUUUCCGGUCGUGUCUUCUCUUGCCUGCUCUUCUCAUUCGUCGGCACGAUGUACGCUUAG